CACGCCUUCGGACUUAUCCCUCAAGACUGUUCUCCGUCUUGCUUGAAGAUGCUUACCUUCGGAUUAAUGAUGGUCCUGUUUGUCGCUUCGGUAUUCGCUCACCGAAGAGUCGACGUGAACCUCCACGUCCAGAAUCAGCACGUGACGAACUUGGCCCUCCCGGUCGAGAGACCAGUGGUGACAAUAGAAGACUUUGAGAUCCCCACGGUACCGGAAGCUGUUUUCCUUGAAAGAAAGAAAUAUAUCCCAAGAUUCAGUCUGCUCAGCUCGAGCCAAAUCAGCGAGAGAACCGACUCUCUGGAAUCGUGGGUUCGAGAUUUGAACGGGAAUUUCGGCCGCAGACCUGUGUGCAGGAGGCAAGCCUGUCACACCUUCGGCUUCGAUCUACGAAGGCAUUGCUGCGAACUCACUGGAGUUUGCUGCCCUCAUCCCCAUCUGCAUCAUCGUCAUCACCGCGACUUGAGCAUACGCUCACCCGUCGUGGACGUCGUACGGGAUGAGUGAAGUGCUCGGG